CUCAGCCUUAUCUCCUUCUUGCGCGAUACGAGCCUUUUCCGUCGCCAUUCGCGAGGAAGAAGUGGAGAGGAAUGGCGGGAGGAAGAACUUUGAGUUCCAGCCCGUCCGAUCUGCUCCGUCGAAUCAAAGGCUUUGUGCAGUCCCUCGUUGAUGAUCUCGGCAACGAUCGACCUCCUUCCGUCGCCCUAGAUCGGUACCGCAACUACUGCUCGGAUCUUUCGGGAAGAUGCAUGUGUAGCUAUGACUUGCCCAUUGGUAAGGAAAUAAUUUCAAUUGAGAAGGAAAGCCACACAUAUAGACUGGAUGUCUUGCUUACAAUGCUUCUUAUCAUACAACAAUUGUUACAAGAAAACAAACAUGGAUCAAAGAGAGACAUAUACUACAUGCACCCUGGGGUAUUCUUAGAUCAAGCAGCUGUUGAUCAGGCUAUCAAUGACAUCUGUAUUCUAUUGAAGUGCAGUCGUCAUCAUCUCAAUGUGGUGCCGGUUGGGAAAGGAUUGGUGAUGGGCUGGUUGAGAUUCUCAGAAGCUGGUAGGAAGGUUUGUUGCAUAAACAAUCCCAACACAGCCUAUUCUAUUCCUGUGUCGCUUGAGGAGGUGGAAGAUAUUGCCAGUGUUUCCAGAUAUAUUCUUGUUGUCGAGAAGGAAUCAGUGUUUCAGCGCUUGGCGAAUGAUAAAUUUUGCGAGAAAAACCAAUGCAUUAUUAUUACAGGAAGAGGAUAUCCUGAUGUCUCUACAAGAAGGUUUUUGCGCCAUAUUGUAGACAAGCUUCUUUUGCCAGUAUAUUGCCUGGUGGAUUAUGAUCCUUAUGGUUUUGAUAUACUAACCAUAUAUAGGUUUGGUUCCAUGCAAAUGGCAUAUGAUGCUAAUAUGUUGCGUGUACCUACUGUACGUUGGCUUGGAGUCUUUCAUUCAGACUUGGACAAGUAUCAUUUUCCGGAUCGCUGUCUUCUCAAAAUGACAUCUCAUGACAAGGAGAGAGCUAAAGCAAUGCUUCUUAGAUGCUAUUUGUCAAAGGAAGCACCACAAUGGAGGAAGGAGCUGGAGGUCAUGGUGCAAAAGGGUAUGAAAUUUGAGAUUGAAGCAUUAUCUUCCAACUCACUGUCAUUUUUAUCGGAGUACAUCCCAGAGAAGAUUCACGAGGGAAGUUGCAUAUAAGUUCGCAUAUAAAUCUCAGUUUGAGGGAAUAGUGUGGCUGAAUGGAAAUUGAUCCUGUCCGAGCGCUGAGUCGACGGACGCUAGGGACGUGGCACGCUCCGUUGUCUCCGGCUGAUGGUGUAGAUCUCUGGCGAACCUGCAAAGAAGCUAAGCCGAGGGGGGGGGGGGUUUCCCGGCGACGGCCCUUCGACGCUCAAGUCAGGCAACGAGAAAUGAGAGAGGCAGCGUAACUGUGGCUACAGUGUGGAUUGUGCAUACCUUCGUCGACGUCUGGAGGGGGGUCAAGGUAUUAUGUUUUUUUAUUGAUGAUUACACUCAUUACUUUUGAGCAUAUCUUAUGAAAUACAGGUCUGAUUAUCUUACCAUUUUCAACAACUUUAGAGCUCUUUUGAAAAACUCAACAUUCUAGUAUAAUAAAAUGUUUUCGUUGUGA